GAAAAAACGAAUUCUACGUAACAUCUGAUUUUAGACUAAUCUCUUAGGCUACCUCAUAAAAUCUACAGUGUUCUUGGUUCAUUGCUUGUUCAGUAGGCUAGGCUAUAGCUUGUCCAAUAUCUGCCGACAUGGCCUCCUUCUGAAGUAAUGUGAAACCUUUUUGGGGUUGCUUGGAAGUCGUUUCAAGUUUGAUGAGUUUGCAACGACCGCCGCUGUCUCGCCGUGAAUGACCGCGGCCAGAGCGAUAGCCACUAUGCACACACAACUCCUCCCUACGGAGGCUCUGCAGUUUUGUUCUGCCCAUUAGUGAAAAGGUCGACUUGAUAUAUGGUCAGUAAAACAUAGGAAGUCAAUGUCGGAGUUAUCUGCUCAUCAUUUGCUUUGGAGACAUUGCCGGACGGUGACAUUGCAGUGAUGGUGUGCCAGUUAAGAAGUUUUCCGAAGUGCUAUCGUGUCGAACUUCUCAUCUUAGUGGUGAUGACUGGAUUCCUCUUGGUUGGGCCUCAAGAAGCAGCUGCAGUUCCUAUAUGGAACUUUGAGGAAGAAGUUCAUAGAUCUGGUGUUUUAAUUAUUGGGAUUCGCAAAGAUGCUCGCGCACAUGUCCUGCAUCUGAAUAGGAUCAAGAGGUACACUCUGACACCUGAGAAGCUGAAAUGGGACAAGUUCAAGCUCACCUAUAAAUUGAUAUCAUUCCCAAGGAAUUUGAUGAAUGCCAGUGACACACGGCGGGGCAUAGCCAAGGCCUUCAGUAUGUGGAGUGAUGUUUCACCCUUCAGUUUCAGAGAGCUACCAUCUGAUGAAGAGGCUGAUAUAAAGAUUGGCUUCUACCCAGUUAACCACACAGACUGCUUGCAGUCAUACCUCCACCACUGCUUUGAUGGAAUUACUGGAGAGCUGGCCCAUGCUUUCUUUCCCCCAACGGGGGAAAUCCAUUUUGAUGAUGAUGAGUAUUGGAUCUUGGGUAACAUGCGAUUCAGCUGGAGAAAAGGAGUUUGGCUAACAGACCUGGUCCAUGUGGCAGCUCAUGAGAUAGGACAUGCUCUUGGUCUCAUGCAUUCCCAGAAUCCUAAGGCCCUGAUGCAUCUGAAUGCUACACUGACAGGCAGGAAACAUAUUACACAGGAUGAGGUUUGGGGCCUCCACCGACUCUAUGGGUGUUUGGAUAGGCUGUUUAUUUGCUCUGCGUGGGCUCGCAAGGGUUACUGUGAAAGUAAGAGAAAGCUCAUGCAGAAACAUUGCCCUUCGAGUUGUGAUUUUUGCUAUGAGUUUCCAAUCCCCACACCUGCCCCCACCCCACUCCCUGCUAGAACAAAACAGAAGUUUGUUGCUGAGGGAAAGACCCUGACCUUCCGUUGUGGAAAGAAAAUUAAAGCAAAAAUGGGCAAAGUGUUCUGGUAUAAGGAUGGGGAGCUGCUGGAGUUCUCUCACCCAGGUUACAUCACUCUUGAGAAUGACCAUAUCAGCAUAGUUGCUAAUGCAAUCAAUGAAGGCACAUACACAUGUAUUGUACGGAAGAAGAACAAAGUACUUACCAACUACUCUUGGAGAGUGCGUGUACGCUUCUGAAGGGUACGAUUGGUUGAUUAUAGAAUACGCACACCAAUUACAAGUGAGAACCUAUGUAGGAAGAUUAAUUGCAACUGUGAUGAAUAAAGAUUUUGUUUUUUGUCCACUUUCAAUAAUUAUUUGCUGUUGAUUUAUGAGCUCACAUUUAUAUGAAUUUAUGAUUUUCUGGAUGACACUUACAUUCACACAUACUUCCUAAAACACAGUGGGACAGGUGCAUUGUUAGCAUUUGACUAACUGCACUAAAACCAAACGUUGUAAGUGUAAAAUGCUGCUGUGUGUCAAUUUGCGUACACCUAGCAUGGAUUCAGCUGGUGCAUUGCAAAACCAUCUGGAACAAACAUCAAUAUAAUAGGCUAUUAUGAGACCUAUAUAACACAAUUUCACACCCACCAACAAACAUACGUUUUUUAUUUUAAAUAAUUAAAUAAUUCUCAUUGCAGUGUUUUAUGAUCACAAUCUGUUACCUAGGAAUCAUUAGUCUCAAAAAAGUUCAUCAGGAGGCCAAAUUCACAUUAGCCCUAUGCAUUCAUACAAUCCAUGUGUACAGUUUAUUUGGAAAGUCUGCCUUUAGAGGGUUUGCAGAUGUGUAACCUUUGAACAGCUUGUUACUUGAGAUUAUGGAUGAAUAUAAAUUAAUUCAAUAUGUUGAACAUUAAUGCGGAUAUCAUUCAUGUUUUGGCUUAUUGAAGUCAUAGACAAAUAUGCAUUUUUAAAUUUUUGUAAUGUCUUUUUUUUUCUUUGAGCAAUAUUGAACACACUGCGAGUACACUGAAGAAGGCCGUAAGUCUAAAUGCAUUUAAGCAAUACAACCCAUUUGCAAAGUGCAGCCUUUUCUUCCUUCUACUAGAUAACAAAUCGCCUCUGGACCAAAAAAGGGCUACAUAAUUUAAUAAAAAUUCUGAUACAUGUA